UGUGGGGUGGGAGAUGGGGACCCCUCUGUGCGCCUGUGUGGGUAGGGGUUGCUCUGUGGGGUGGGGAUUGCAACCCCUCUGUGGGUUGGGUUCCCCUCUGUAAGGUGGGGGCCACUCUUGGGGCCCCUCUGUGGAGCAGACAUUGGGAGCCCCUGCAUGGGGUCCUCCCUAUGGGGUGGAGACCCCUCUGCAGGGUGGGAGUUGAGAGGCCUUCUGUGGGUUGUGGCCCCUUUCCAUGGGCCUGGGGGGGGAGAUGCACACCCACCCCCGUGCCCAGCUGCCCUGAUAGGGUGGGCACCCAUACCUGGGCUGGGUCCUCCUGUGCCCCACAGUGGGGAUGGGGCCCUGUGGGGUGACCUUGUCCCCCUCCACGCCCUCCAAGAACCCCCCUGAGUCCCCUUGCUCCCCUGUGGGAUUCUUAGUCCCCCCAGUGCCCAUCCAGGCUUCCCAGGGGACCCCAGCUCCGAGUCCAGUGAAUGCUGACACUGAGAGGUUUUGGUGUGCAUGGGGGGGACCCUUCCUUUUCCCUCCCAGCUCUGUGUCCAGGUGACACUGACACUGGGAGGUUUUGGGGUGCAUCUGCAGCCAUCAGCAUCCCAUUGCCCGUUGGAAUCCCCAAAAUCCAGUGUUUGCCCAGGUAUUCCCCAAUGCUUGGCUGAUGGCACCGAUCCGGGGAUAAUGGGGGAUCACCAUGUCCCCCCAAAACCCAUGGCUGCUCGCAGUCUGCCACCGCACCUGCCGUCAGCAGAGCAUUUGCCAUCCCAGGGGCAGGGAGCACUUCCCAGUCACCUCACCCCUCACCGGGCAGCCGUAACCUUUGUCACCGAGCCCCCUGCUCCUUCGGCCCUGGCGCGGUCUCCAUGGGAGCAUGGCAGGUUGCUAAGCCGUCUGGUGGAGUGCUUGCCAUCACCAGCCAGGACAUCGCGCCGUUGGACUUCCCCGUUGGCUGUAGAGCCCAACCAGGCUGGGAUCACAACCCCUCACCACGUUGAAAACCAUCCGGCACGCUGGUAAAGAGAUUGGAAGGAAGCAAGAGGAGCGCGAUCCACAUCCCUGUUGGCAUUGAGGCGGCAUUGAGAUGUGGGGCGAGAGGGUUGAGCCUGUAGGGACGCCGGGUCCCUCUCCCUGCUCCUCUGCUUGAGGGUCUGGAGGCCGGGACAGGGGGAUCGGGACCUCCCCCUCAACAGGUGCUGGCGAAGAGGCAUCCACUGCUGGGCAUUGGAUGCAAUAAAGCGGCGAAAGUGGAGCAUCUCCCAGCGGAGCGAGAGACGGAGCAGCCCAGCGCUGGCCGGCUGAGUGCCGGGAAAGGGGCUCGCUCCCCGGGACAGACGCGGCGGCGGGGGACUCGGCACUUUGCGGGGACACGGCUUGGCCCACAGCCCAGCCUGCCCCGACGGUUGCCCCCAUGCUGGAUCACAGAGCCAGGAUGGAGAGCAGCAGGAAGGAGAAGGUGGAACGUAUCCUUUCGGAAUUCUGGCUGAAGGAGGAGGACCUGAAGAAGGUGAUGUACCGGAUGCAAAAAGAGAUGGACCGAGGGCUAAAGCUGGAGACGCACGAGGAAGCCUCUGUCAAAAUGCUGCCCACCUACGUCCGCUCCACACCUGAGGGCUCAGAGGUCGGAGAUUUCCUAUCGCUGGACCUCGGCGGCACCAAUUUCCGAGUGAUGCUGGUGAAGGUGGGCGAGGGGGAGGAAGGGCAAUGGAAAGUGAAGACGAAGCAUCAGAUGUACUCCAUCCCGGAGGAUGCCAUGACGGGGACAGCCGAGAUGCUUUUUGACUACAUCUCUGGGUGCAUCUCCGAUUUCCUGGACAAGCACCAGAUGAAGCACAAAAAGCUUCCCCUGGGCUUCACCUUCUCCUUCCCCGUGCGGCACGAGGACAUCGACAAGGGCAUCCUCCUGAAUUGGACCAAGGGCUUCAAAGCCUCUGGUGCAGAAGGGAACAACGUGGUCGGGCUCCUGAGAGACGCCAUCAAACGUCGAGGGGACUUCGAGAUGGAUGUGGUGGCGAUGGUGAAUGACACGGUGGCCACGAUGAUCUCCUGCUACUACGAAGAUCACCGGUGCGAGGUUGGGAUGAUUGUGGGAACAGGCUGCAACGCCUGCUACAUGGAGGAGAUGCAUAAUGUGGAGCUGGUGGAAGGCGAUGAGGGACGGAUGUGUGUCAACACAGAGUGGGGAGCUUUUGGUGCCUCUGGGGAGCUGGAUGAGUUCCUCUUGGAGUACGACCGCGUGGUGGACGAGACCUCACUUAACCCCGGUCAGCAACUCUAUGAGAAGAUCAUUGGGGGGAAGUACAUGGGUGAGAUUGUCCGGCUGGUGCUGCUCAAGCUGGUGGAUGAGAACCUGCUCUUCAAUGGUGAGGCCUCCGAGAAGCUCAAGACUCGCGGGACCUUUGAGACCCGCUUCAUGUCGCAGAUCGAGAGUGACACUGGUGACCGCAAGCAGAUCUACAACAUCCUGACGGCCUUCGAGCUUCUGCCCUCGGGGACAGACUGUGACAUUGUGCGGAUGGUCUGCGAGAGUGUCUCCACCCGUGCCGCCCAGAUGUGCUCAGCCGGGCUGGCUGGUGUCAUCAACCGCAUGCGGGAAAGUCGGAGCCAGGAGACCCUCAAAAUCACUGUAGGGGUCGACGGCUCUGUCUACAAGCUCCAUCCCAGCUUCAAGGACCGCUUCCAUGCCACGGUUCGGCAGCUGACGCCUGGCUGUGACAUCACCUUCAUCCAGUCGGAGGAAGGCAGCGGACGUGGGGCCGCGCUCAUCUCAGCAGUCGCCUGCAAAAUGGCCUGCAUGAUGGGGCAGUGAGAGAGGACUCGGGGGGGGGGGAGGACAAGGAU